GUGAAAGUGGAUUUUCCUAAAUGCGCCACAGUUAAGUGGAAGCACACAAACAUCGGUCUUCACUCGGAGUUUACAGCCAGACAAUCAAGUUUACUCGGUGGAGACGUUUUUCCUUUCAGGUUUUGCUCAUUUAAACCAGGUUCAAGCAUGGUUAAAGUAACAUUUAACUCGGCGUUGGCGCAAAAAGAGCUGAAGAAAGGAGAAAAAGACGAGGCUCUAAUCCCACAAGAAGGGGAUGUGGAGGAGGUCGUACGGGUCAGGCAGCAGUCUUGGGCCUGGUGCUGGUGCAUGUGCCUGGGUCUGGCCUUCAUGCUGUCCGGGGUGGUGGUCGGUGGAGCUUACCUGUACAAGCAUUAUAUCAUGGAGGGUGCUGUCAGUGCCAAGCGCGACCAUGAUGGUGCUGUUGUUCCGCAGGAGGAGGGAGUGUAUUUCUGCGGCGUUAGCUACAGCGAGGAGCGCUACAUGAUCCCCGACGACGACGACGCCGAGGAGCACGGCGCACCUCUCAAGAGACUCGACGAACGAGUCCGGAUUCUGGAGAGCGAGCAGGUGGAGCUGAUCAGCGUGCCCGUGCCAGAGUUCAGCGACAGCAACGCAGCCGAGAUCGUGCACGACUUCGUCCUUCGUCUGACUGCUUACCUGGAUCUGAGUCUGAAUAAGUGUUACAUCACCCCUCUGAACACCUCCGUCGUCAUGCCACCCAGAGAUCUUCUCGAUCUGCUCAUCAACAUCAAGGCUGGCACCUACCUGCCGCACUCGUACAUGGUGCGUGAGCAGAUGGUUGUGACGGAGAAGGUGGAGGAUUUGGAGCAGCUCGGUUACUCCAUCUACAUGCUGUGCAAAGAUAAAGACACUUACAAGCUACAGCGCAGGGACACCAUACCAGGCAUUCAAAAGCGCGAGGCGCACAACUGCCACAAGAUCCGCCAUUUCGAGAACAAGUUUGUGUUGGAGACGCUGAUCUGCGAAUAGUUUCAACACGAAGUAGUGUUUCUGAGAAAUUCCACUCGAGUACAGUGAGAUGUUAGCAUGUCACCUCUGACCUCCUGCUCUUCCUGUUCCCUGUGUGUGUGUGUGUGUGUGUGUGUGUGGUGCUCUUCUGCUUUCUGACCUUUUGUUCUGUACAGCAGCAGGGUGGUGGAGACCGAAAGGAAAGUGUGUAUCUAAAAGUGUGUGUGUGUGUCUCACUCUCUCUCUUUCUCUCUCGGAGUGAAUUAACGAUUUCCUGGGCUUUUUGUAAAAUAGGGAAGAUUAUUUUGGUGGUAGUUUCACUUUGAGAUCUGCUCAAGGAGCGCAAAAUUAAUUCCCCUGAAAGGACUUUAAAACACAUUUUGUAUAGCUUAAGGUGUGUGUAUAAACACAAGGCAAUAGAAAUCACUUUUGUGUCUUUAUAAAAACUGUGAAAAUUAUUUUAUAAAGUCACAGGCCAGUCCAGCAUAUUGUACACUGGAAUGUGUGAAUAUGUAGGAGAUAUACAUAUAUAUAUAUUUUGUCACAGUUUAACUUCACCAUCUUGUACACUGGAGCUUCACAAAAUAAACACAACUGUAGGAAUUUUGUCGUAUUAAUUCUGUUGAUUAGAGGUUGUUUUUCUUAACUUGCUUUUAUUAACUGUAAUAUUAAUCUAAAUGUAACUGCAUUAAGACAUCAGGAAGAAUCAUACAGAAAGUUGAUUUCAGACCUUUCACAUUUCAGUUAUUUGUGAUUUAAAUAUUAAACCAGAUUUAGAAGCGUUCUAUGGUUUAGGUCGUAUACCACAGAUGUUUAUUUCAGUUAAACAUGUUGCGUUCAUUUAUUGUGGAUAACAUUUACAGUCGAAAUGAAUAAGUGUAAAAGGUUAACUCAAUAAAACUGGACCACUUCA